AUGGAACUCACGCUAUCCUGUGAUUUUGUGGAGCGUUUUGUGGAGCUCCGGAAGAGCGACGAUUCACGAAUAGCACCUUCACGAAACGACAUUUUAGCCUUCUUUCAGAUCACGAAUAUUAGAACGGCAGAAGUUGCACGGGCCACCAGAAAUCAUCACACAACCAGACCACCAGCUACUUCUAGAGGCUUUCCGUACCCAUUACCGAUGACAUCAGUGAGUCCUGCCGCUACCCUGAAAUUGACGGGAGAUCAGGACUGA